AUGUCCAAUGAUAAGUUUAUAUCAGAUUUGGAAAAUAAAAGCAAAGCAAUAUGGAAAGUAAUAAAGCAGGAAGGAAAUAGUAAAAGGGAAAAUAUCACACUGAACUGUGACAACAAGAGAAUUAUUGACCCGCAGCAGAUUGCAAAUUUCUUCAGGCAGUGUAUGGUAUUUCUGGAUAAGAACAAAAUCCUUGAUGAUGCCCAAGAGGGUUUUUGGAAAAAUAAAUCUACAACCAAAGCCAUAUAUAAUUUCUUGCAAAAUGCUGUAGAAGCACUGGAUAAUAAAGAAAAUCCUGCUGAUAUUUUCUUAGAUCUAAGCAAAACUUUAGACAUUUUGGACCACAGAAUCCUGCUGGUAGAACUCCAAAAGUAUGGCAUUAGAGGCACCGCAUUAAAAUAG